GAUGAUAUCAGCCGGCAGGUAGAGUUAAAUGAUAUCGAUUAAUUUGGCUCUCCACCUGCAGACUGAUAUCUCUGGGGGCUGAGAUACACCAGAGAUAUCGGAAACUCCUGCCUGUAUAGGACCAUAGCCUCGCCAGUCCAGUUGGAGACACUGCGAUACCCCGCCGAUGGCGCCUGCGAUUGCUUGACACCACCUAUCUUCCCGACUAUACAACAGAUAUCACAAUGAAAGCAGCUAAUGCACUCAGGGAUGGUUCCGGGCGACGUUCGCAGCGGGUCAGUCGGCGUGUCUCUAAAGCUUGCAAACGAUGUCGCGACCAGAAGAUUAGAUGCACGGGCUCGGACCCCUGCGAUCAGUGUGACAAGCGAAAUGCAGUUUGCGACUUUGACAACCCGCAGCGCGUUUUGGUGUCUCGUAGAUAUCUCAAUGAUCUCCACGACCGACUAGCGACCUUCCAGCAUAGGCUUAAUCAACAUGAAUCGCCUGGAUCGAAACAGCAGCAGCCGCCCACCCCGUCAUGCAGUAAUGCAAUACCAACGCCAGACACCUCCAUCCAGGAUACAGAGGUACACCGAGAAGUGGACAGGACCUCAAAGCACCAGGGUUCAUCGGGGGCAAAGGCGCCUCUCACGAACCCUCUUGCCUUCCACAUCACCGACUGGGUCCCAGGCCCGACCGGGCGGCCAGUAUUCAUGGGAACGUCGUCGACAUGGUCCUUCGGGCGGCGAGUGUUGGAAAUGACCCAUAUGAAGCUCACCGGCCUACCUCUGGCUCCAGAUCCAAACAGGCUGCUUUUCGACACACAGGUCUACGAUUUUAAAUGGGAUGGGAACAAAGCAAAUUUCCCCUCGAAUCCCUUCGAUGUGACCAACCUCCCCACGCCAGAAUUCGCUAGAUAUCUCAUCAGCUCAGUGAAGUUUCAUUGUGGCCACCUAUUCUAUCUAAUCGACGAGGACGGGUUCAUGGAGCGCUUCGCCGCGUUCCAGCAGAAUCCUACAGAGGUGGCUCGAACAUCAUCAUUAUGGUUCUGCCAUUAUCUGCUUAUAAUAGCUUUUGGCAAAAGCUUCCUGGUUCGCUCGACGACAUCACGGAAUCCGCCAGGGUCAGACCAGUUUGUCCAAGCGAUGCACUGCAUGCCGGACUUUACCUUCUGCGACGACGAUCCUAUUGAGAUGAUCCAGGUUCUGUGCUGUGGUGCGCUAUACCUGCAGUGCGUUGACCGCAGGGCAUCAGCAUAUCGAAUGAUUGGCGCGGCACUGCGUCGGGCCUUGGAGCAAGGCAUGUAUACUGAGAUGCAUGGGCUCUGUCUUGACCAAGCCUAUGUGCAUCGAUGUAGACUUGUCUGGUGGACAGUCUACGUGCUCGAACGCCGUUUUUCGUCUCUUCAGGGGGUCCCAAUGGGAAUCUCAGAGGACAGCAUAACGGCUUCAUUACCAUCGGCCUGGGACCAGGACAGUGAAACAGCCGUCUUGGAGAUGCAGGUGAGUCUGUGUCAAAUAUUGGCCAAAGUGGACUUGACUGUCUACGGUAGCGAGGGAAAGGUGGACAGCCGGUACCUGAGCGCUACACAGUCUGUUCUGAGAGACAUUGCGAGUGUCACACAGCGCCUGAAUGGCUGCUUUGAUCUCUAUGGAAGCGGUGCUAUGGGCGGUAUUUCUCGCGUCUCGGCGCACCUGCACCUCCUCGAACACCAAUGCAUCAUACUGACAACGAGGCCGCUGUUGUACAUCUUUCUCCAAUCCAAGCUCGGGCAAUCUGAGCCUGCCCUCAUGGACUGGUUGCAGUCUGGCACUGUGAAGGCACUGCUCCAGGUCUGCGUUGAGUCUGCACAACAGACUCUGCGAAUACUGUCCAAUCUGCUUGACCAGGGGCUUCUCGAUGCUUUCCUCCCGUUCGACUUGGACGCAGUAUGUGUCUCAACGAUCCCAUUGUUAAUGGCGGCAGCGAUUGACCCAUGUCUGCUCAUCGAUCAUUCACCCUGGUCACAGCGUGCCUAUACAAUCCUGGACGACAUGUCCUCCCGUGGAAGCUGUUCUGCAAACUUAAUUCGACAGGAAUUGAACCAGCUGGAUGACGAACUUUCCCAGCUGUUGACGAAGGAUAAUAUACCAAUGGCGGUACCCACGGGGACUGUCCCUGCACCUGAGGCAGGGCCUGGUGGUACUGAGUCCGUAGACUCUGUCCCCACUGCUGCGGCUGGGGGCUACCUGGGUUCCGACAUUACUGAGAGUUUUGGACAGAAUUACGAGCUUAGCCCGGAUCAGUUAAUGGAGCUGGCGAACUCUCUAGAUCUCAAUAGCUUCACUUGGCCGUUUCCUUGGAUAGAUGAUCUGCCAGGGACGAGUAUAUGAUUUCAGCUUCGGAAUAGUACUGUUAGAAGGGAAUGACGUAGGGGAUAGUAUAUAACACCAUAUUGCCUGUUUAAUUAACUGCACCUUUC